GGCCAAAGUUAAGCCAAUCGGAAACUAGGGGAUCUCUUGCCGCGGAUGUAGGGCGGGGCCUCUCAGCCACGUCUUCCUGGUCGCCGCGAGGCCAUGCCCAGCCGAGGAGUCUGGGGCCGCGUCCGAGAGAGAAUGGAGCGUUUCCCUGCGCUGCUGGCGAGCUGUGGGGAGCAGGCUUCCGCUUAUGGCAAAUGUGUGGCCACUCAUGCAGUAGGUCCAGGGGACCUGAAAAAGGAUGUGUGUUCCAAGGAAUUUGAGAUGCUGAUGGACUGCUUCACCAAGGCUGCAAAGAGGAAUAAAAUAAAGCCUUGAAGUGGACACUGUCUGGCGACGAACAUUUAUAGUUGUUUUUGGAACAAAAGUAUGCAGCGCUUGGUUCAUCUAUCAUCUAUCAAGGAGAUAGAUCCAGAAGGUGAAUAGUGCACAAUACACAGAAUUUUAUAUUUUUAACCUAUGUAUGUAAACAAGCACUGCCCGGAAAAAUGAUUUUCUAAUGAAUUUUGACUUAGAGAGUAAACAUGUUUUGACAGUACAGUCUAUAUGUGGAUUGGAAAAAGUGCAGAGACGAAGGACUUCUUAAGCAGAAGGAUGGAAUGUACUGGAAAACCAUUUAACCCAGCCUUUUGCACUGGGCAAAGGGAUAUUUAUAAUCGAUUGCAGUAGUAAACAAGCAGCCUUCUCCCUUAAGAGCCAGUGUUUGUAGAAUGAUUCAAUUAGCUACUAACAUCAAUUUUGCCCUGAGGAUUUACCCCUUACUCUACUCCUUAUAAGAACAAAAUUCAAAGUAGGGCACUUCAACUAGAGUUUUGCUUAAACUAGCUAAUAUUGUUAAUUCCAGUUCUGGAAGAUUUGGAGCAAAGGAGAGAAAGCCCAGGGUAUCUGGCUUCUCUAAUAAACCUGGUUAAUUUAUGUAAGAAUAUCAAUUCAGUUGUGGCAUGUAAAAAUAAUACAUAUUUUGAACCCUGCCGUGUUGAGGAAUCUCCAAUUCUGAAUGUCUGAUUUCCCUUCUGAACAUGGAUUUUCUAAUUGAAGCUUUGGAAAAAAAAUCUCAUCAGCGAAACUGCCUACGGAGAGGGAAGUUUUAUAGGCCAAGGUUGUUAAACAGCUUGGGAAUCUGCCCAAGAGAGCUAUAGUGCAGCAUUCUGGCUCCUGCUGACCCAAGAUUGCCAUCACCAUCUUCUUAGUCAUAAGACCACAGUGUUGCUAAGAUUCUUAGGCAAAUCAUAUAGGAUUGCUCAAGAUCGGGAGUCAAAUAUCACAUAGAUGCAUCUUUUGACUAGACUUCAUCUCAUUGAAUGUAGGUUCUUUGGCUGUUUUUGUGGAUGGAUGUCAAUAAAAGUAUUAAAAUGUCA